GUAAAAAUUGUAAGCAUGAGAAAUCUCCGCAAAGCAGACCUGUUGAGCCAAACUGAUUGCUAUGUCAAACUGUGGCUGCCAACAGCUUCGUGUCGGGAAGCCCAGACAAGAACUGUGCGCAACUGCAGAAACCCUGUCUGGAACGAGACUUUCCACUUCAUGAUACAAAGGGAAGUAAAGAACAUCCUGGAGCUGACAGUCUAUGAUGAGGAUACUUUUACACCAGAUGACCAGCUUUUGACCGUUCGCUUUGAUGUAUCUAAAAUCCAACCUGGAGAAAAAGUUCUCGUGAAUUUUGAGUUGAAUCCAGAGUCUCGUGAAGUUUCCUGUUUGGAAGUACAUGUGAAUGAAACAAAAAUGCAGAGACCUUACACAAGGAGACAUUUCACAUUCACAAUGAAAGGAUCGUAUGAAGAAAUGCAGGACGUUUCCAUAGGUCCUCGCUGCAGUGAAACCACCAUGUUCCACUACGUCAAGCACAGUCAACCCAGACUGCACAUGACGCUGCCAAAGGAGCAUGUUUUCUGUGGUCAUGGCUCAGCUAGGAGGGAAAAGGCUGUGCCUCUCCAUUCUCUGGACUUGGGAAAGAAAGUGACAGUGAUGAGAGGUGCAUCUUAUGAGGUGUCUGUGAACGAGGAAGAUCGUUGCAAGAAUUUAGAUUUGCGAUUAGGGUUUGAUCUAUGCGCAGAGGAGCACGACUUCAUCUGUAAAAGGAAGAAGGUGGUUGCUGCUGCUUUGAAAAAUCUUCUUCAUCUAGAUGAAGACCUGCAGGAAGAUGAGGUGCCAGUGGUGGCAGUCAUGACCACAGCAGGGGGAGUGAGGUCCAUGACGUCUAUGUUUGGCAGUCUUUUGGCUCUCCAGGAGUUAGGUGUUUUGGACUGUGUCUCAUACAUCAGUGGUUUAUCUGCCACAACAUGGACCAUGGCAAAGUUAUACGAAGAUACAAAUUGGUCACAGAAGGAUCUCAGAGGCCCCAUUGGUGAUAUCAGGAAACACGUGAUCAAGAGCAAGCUGAACUGUUUCUCGUUGGAUCAUAUGAAAUAUUAUGAAAAGGAGCUUUGUGAAAGAAAGCAAGAGGGGCACAAGCUGUCCUUUACAGAUUUAUGGGGACUUUUCAUUGAUUGUAUGCUACAUCAUCAGGAAAGUCCUUACAAACUCUCUGAUCAGCAACUGGCAGUAAAUCAGGGGCAGAAUCCACUGCCCAUAUACCUGUCCCUCAAUGUCAAGGAUGACUUUAGCACUCUGGAUUUUAAAGAGUGGGUGGAGUUCACACCUUACGAGGUGGGUUUCCUGAAAUACGGGGCCUUUGUUCGUUCAGAGGAUUUUGGUAGUGAGUUCUUCAUGGGUCACCUGAUGAAGAAGAUUCCAGAGUCCCGCAUCUGCUUCUUGGAAGGCACAUGGAGUAAUAUAUUUUCCCAGAAUUUUAUGGAUGCUGUCUACCUCUCGGGUCAUUCAGAGGACUUCUGGCACAGAUGGACCCGAGACACUGAGCAUGACAUUGAGGAACACCCUGCUCUGCCUGAGAAGCCUCAUGAACAGGCAACUUGCUUAUCCGUUCCCAAAGGCUGCCUUUCCAAUACUCUUCGAGAAAUGAUGACCGGACGGCCGGUGGUUUCAACUUACCAUAACUUCCUCAAGGGCUUGCAGCUACAUAACAAGUAUUUAGAGAAUGAGAGAUUUUGCAUGUGGAAAGACACAGUGCUGGAUUCGUCUCCCAACCAGCUGAAUGAAAUGGGUGACUACCUCAAGCUGGUAGAUACAGCUUUCUUCAUCAACACCAGCUGCCCACCCAUUCUGAGGCCAGAGAGGAAAGUGGAUGUCAUUCUGCAUUUAAAUUACAGUGGAGGAUCACAGACUCUGCCGCUGGACCUGUUCUCAGAGUACUGUUCAGAGCAUGGGAUCCCAUUUCCCGGCACAGAGCUGAGCCAGGAAGACCGGGAACACCUGAAGGAGUGCUAUGUGUUUCAGGACAGCUUAGAGGCUCCAAUCUUGGCCUAUUUCCCACUGGUGUGUGAUACCUUCCGGAAAUACAAGGCACCGAAUGUGGAGCGCAGUCCCACAGAGAUGGAGCAGGGAAGAGUAGAAGUGUCCAACUCUAUUGCUCCCUAUGGUACUGGUCUGCUUACGUAUACUGAGGAGAAUUUCAACAAGUUGCUGAACCUGUGCAGCUACAACAUCCUGAAUAAUAAGCAUUUAAUUCUUCAGGCUUUGCGAACAGCAGUGGAACGAAAGAAGCAAUUUAAAAAGUGUUCAUCGCUUCGGUCAUCUAAACUCUCUUAA